AUGAUUCAUUUUUGGAAUAAGAAAUUAAAUAGAGAUAAAUCAACCAAAAUACCAACGUAUUUCGAUAUUUAUAAACGCUGCAAAGCUCAAAUGAAGUCAAAGAAAGUCUUAAGAAUCAAGAAAAAAAUCAAAAAAAAAAUUUGCAUCAUUUUUAUUAAUGAAGAGUACCUCGGUUCUCCAAAAAAUACAAAUUAAUUUUUGCUUCAAAAGCAUUAAUCAUUAGAAAUUAACAUAGAAAAAGAAGUUUAACCUCCAGGGAGCAUGUUAUCAUUUCUAUUAAAUGAAGACAAGAAUGAUCAUUAAUUAACUAAUCCUAAUAAUUUUAAACUUCCCAUAGAAACAUCAGAACUGUCAUAACACCAACAUAAUUACUACCAAAUUUGAACAUAUAUC